GUAACAUAAUAUUGAUAUAUUCAUUCAUUUAAUUCGUUUCAGAGAAAUCUCAUAAUUUAGCAAACAUUUGAAAAAUCAAGUUAAAUAAAUUAAAAUAAAACAUGAGUCAUUACCAGAAACUCAUGAUAAAAAUAGCUUCAAUGUUACCACAAAAAUUACAAUCACCAUUUCUUCAUCCAGCUGGACCAACAACAGUAUUUUUUUGGGCACCAGCAUUUAAAUGGGGUCUUGUUAUUGCUGGUAUUGGUGAUGUUAAUCGUUCUCCAGAUAAAAUAUCACUUGGACAAACAGCUAGCUUAAUGUUCACCGGGUCAAUAUGGACCAGAUAUUCAUUGGUUAUUAUUCCAAAAAAUUGGAGUUUAUUUAGUGUAAAUGUUUUUGUUGCAACAACUGGAGCAUACAAUUUCAUAAGAGCAUUGAAUUAUCAAAAAAAAAAAAAAAAUUUAUUAAAAUAAAAAAAAAAAAAAUUGAUUUAUAUUUAUUUAAUUAUUUUUACAAAAAAAAUUGAAAUUUAAUUAUUUAACAGUUAUACUGACAAUUCUUAUGUCGUCAUAUGGUUUAUCUGUUUUUGGAUUUGUCUUAACUUGACUGAUAUUUUGUACAACUUCCAUGCCUUUAACAACUCUACCAAAAACAGUAUGUUUAUUAUCUAACCAUGGUGUUGGUAUUAGUGUUAUAAAAAAUUGACUUCCAUUUGUAUUUGGUCCAGCGUUAGCCAUACUAACAGUAUAUGGUCUAUCAUGUUUUAAAUGUGAUUUAAAUUCAUCAUUAAAUUCACCACCCCAUAUACUUUGACCACCAGUACCAGUACCAGUUGGAUCACCAGUUUGUACCAUAAAACCUUUAAUAAUACGAUGAAAUAUAUGACUAUUGUAAUAACUAUUUUUAGCAUGAACACAAAAAUUUUCAACUGUUUUUGGUGUAUCUUUACUAAAUAAUGAUACAUGAAUAUCACCAAGUGCUGUAUGUAUUAUUGCUGUAUCAUAUAUUUUUUGCAUUGAUGUUGCUUCAGUUGAUGAUAUAAUAUCUUCUUUUGAUGGUUUUUCAUUAAAUACAUCUCUAUCACAUUCUUGAUUUUUAGUAUCUUCUGGUUCACGUCUUGUAAAUAUAAAAAAACGAUUUUUUUUAUGUGCUGUACAAAAUAAUGUUGGAUCUGGUUUAAUCAUUUCUAAUGUUGGAUUAUUUGAACCUUCAAUUUCAACAGUUGUUGCUGCUGUACUUUUUUUUCCUUUACCUUGAAAUAAUGCUAAUUUCAUUGGUCUUAUAUUUUCUGGUUUACCAAUUAUUUUAAUACAUUUAUUUGUAUAAAUAUUAACUAAUUUUAUUCCCAACAUUGUACUGUACAUAAUCAUAUAACCAGAUUCAUCAAAUAUUA